UGUUUGAGGGCUUCCAACAUGGCCGACCUAGCAACGGCAGCACUUAGGGCGGUAACCCGGAGCAACCAGAACAGCAAGAUAAAAGAUGAUCAGCUUAAGAAAGCUGAAUUCAUAAGAGAAGGGGACAAACUAAAUAAACAACUUCUGAGCAUUGAAAAGGAUAAAAAUAUCCUUCUCUUCAACAAGAAGAAUGACUUCAGGAUGGAAUAUAACACAUUGGAAGAACUGGAAAAUGAACUGACUAAGAACCGGAAAGCCGAAAAAGCUAAUAUCCAACAAAAACUGGACAGAAUUUCUAAUAAUGUUAAAGGACUCCAGCGACAAUUAAAACAUGUGAAGCCAACCCCAGAAUUUGUUGACGGACUCAGAGGAAGGAUGGAAGAAGUUGAAAUGGCAAUGAAUGCUUUUAAAGAAGAACAGCAACAAAGAUAUGAGGAGCUCAUGAGAGAGGAGAAGACAGCUACCAAUGAGAUUAAUGCAUUAGAGAGAAAAAUUGAGCUCUGGGCAUUAAGUACUUCAGCAACAGGAAAAAUGUCCAAACAAGGCAUUCUUGUAGUGGAUAAAAAGACACAAAAUCACCUGCCUCAUGGAGUACUUGAGCUUGAAAAAUUCCUUCAACAGACAGGGGGGAAGCAAGGAGGUUGGGAUGAAUAUGAUCACCAACAAUUUUUGAAAUUGUGGACAAAGUAUAAAGGAAAACCAUUGUACAUUGAUGAAGUCCUUGAUCAUCUUCCUGACAAAACAAGGGAGGAUAUUCUGCAGCAUGAGAAAUGGUAUCAAGAAUUUCUAAUUUUAGAAGCGCAAAAAAAAGAGUCCAUUCAACAAUGGAAGAUAAAAAAGCUACAAGAGAGAGAAAAAAUCUUAUCCCAGAAGAAGAAGAAGCCAGAGGAAGGGCUCGCUACAGCUAUACUACAGCACACAGCAGCCCAGAAGCAAAAAGUUGAAGAGGAAAGGAAAAAACGACUGAAAGAACUUGAAUCGUGGAAAAGGCAAAAAGCAAUAGAAUAUGCAAUGAAACAGGCUGCUCAGCUACAAGAAGAGGAAGAGAAGAAGAAGAAAAAGCAGAAGGAACGUCAGCGGCAAUUUCAGAUAAAGUUGCUGUUGGAAGACUAUAGUAGGCAGAAAAAGGAGGAGGAAGAGUUUUUGCGACUUGAGAAGGAAAAGAGAGAGGAAGCUGAAAGGGAAGAGAAGAGAAGAAUUGCUGCAGAAGAAAUUCUUAAGUUCCAAGAGCGAGAUUUAUCUAAACUUGUGUUUAAGAUUCAAGAAAAACAGGCAAAGGUAGACGAAAAGAUAGAAAAAGAAAGAAGAUUGAGAGAAAAGUUGAGAGAGAAGGUUGAAAUGAAUGUAACUCGAGACCCAUGUAGGCUGUUGAAGCCUACAAAAGUUUGGGAAGAACGAACAAAAGAGAUUGGACCAGAAGGUUCAGGGCCACUUCUGCAUAUUCCGCACAGGGCUGUCCCAAGCUGGCGACAAGGACUAUAGUUGGAUGGCUGCACAGUUUUCUUAGAAGAUA